GGGUCGAGGAGGGGAUCCCCCCCUCCGCCCUGCGCCUGGGACGGGCUUGGCGGUCCCGAAGUGUCAAAGCCGGCCCUCGCAGCUUCCCUGCGGCUCUUCCCGGGGCCGGACUUGGCAGGCGCCGCCGAGGAGGGGCCGCAGCUGCCCUUUGGCCCCUCCAGGCCCGUCCUGGCCGAGUGCGUUGCUCCGGAGGCCCGUGGAAGGGAGCACCGAGGCCCCCAGCUGGUUCCUCUUCACCCAGGGCUCCCGGCUUUUCCCCAUGGACCUGCGACGUGUCACUGCCUCCCAAGAGCGGGGCUGGUAUCUGAAGCUGAUGGCGCCCAACAUUAAAGGGCCGGGUUACGCCUGGCUGGACCCCUCUCGUCUCUACUGCCACCCACAAGCCUUGCAGGACUGCAUCGAAGAUCUGGUACAGCCAUUUCAGGACGAGGCAAUUGACCUGGUUGGCGGAAUUGAUGCCAUGGGAUUCAUUCUAGGUGCUGCCAUUGCCAGCUUCCUCCAGAAGGGUUUUGUGGCCAUCCGCAAAGCUGGGCACCUGUGCGUGGAGACCGUCAUGCAGCCUUACAAGGAUUACUCCGGCCGGGACAAGCUGAUGGAGAUGCGAACCGAUGCCAUCGUUCCAGGCCUCCGAGUCUUGCUGGUGGACCAGUGGGUGGAGACAGGGGGCACCAUGCGAGCUGCCAUCCGGAUGGUGGAGGAACAAGGAGGCGUGGUGGCAGGAGUGGCUGCCAUCUGUGUCGAAGACAGCGAGGGAGGGCAGUGGCUCAAGAGGAACUACAAAUGGUCCCACUGUGUCCCGCCCCACCUGAUGCCCCAGUUCAACGCUCACUACCUGGACUCCUUCCAGGCCUUCGAGGCCAAGCGAGGGCUGCAGUAGGAGAAAUGGAGGGGAAUGCCCCCACCCUCCAAGGGUUUGCCAGCUCUCACACCCUGGCAGUGAAUAAUCCAUACUGUGAAAACGAAGCUUCCUAACCUGAGCUUAAAAGCACUCCUCCAUUUUAACUCUUCUGGCGAGAUAUCCUAUAAGGCCAGAAAACAGAGCCACAGAGAUCAACGGAGCCCCAUGGUUGCUGUACUCUCCCCACCAGACAAGCCACUGAGAGACGUCUCCCAAGUCCAAUCCUGCGGCAGUGAGUUCCAUAAGUUAAGGGAUGGAUAUUAAUUUCCUGCUACCAGAAGGGGCAGGGUAAUUUCCACCAGUUCCUUCUUCCUGCGGCAGACCCCGUUUUCCUGCCAUGCCAUUCCUGAGGGUUCUCUCUCCCCCACCCCCAGGAAGAUUAAGAACAUAAGAAAGAGCCUGCUGGAUCAGACCAGAGUCCAUCUAGUCCAGCACUCUGCUCCUCGCGGUGGCCCACCAGGUGCCUUUGGGAGCUCACGUGCAGGAGGUGAAAGCAAGGGCCUUCUGCUGCUGCUGUUGCUCCCGAGCACCUGAAGAUUGGUGGGCUGUUGCGGGGAGAAAGGAAAUGAUGGGAGAGUUGUGUUCCACUGGCACGAGCUUCUUCCUUUAGCAGAAAGCUUAAACAAGUCCCAGUUCUGCAUUUCCGGAACAACCGUCCUGACUCCACUACUCCUCAACUUCAUUGGGUGCCCCUGAGUUCCAGUAUUUUGUGGGAGUGAAAAACAGUUCUCCGUCUCCACUUUCCCCACCUGCAUAUCAUGUCUUUUCAAGGGGGGCGGGAUCUUCCAUGGGGCAGCUUUCCCCAUGCAGCAGCCUCAAAGACGUGCAACUAACCAGCCCCAGCAGAAAUCAAUAAACCAGACUGAAUCUUU